AUGGAGUGCGCACGACUACGAUUACUGUCGUCCUCGAUGGGGUUGGCUGUGAUAGCGAUAACAGCACUACUCCCUUACAGUACCACAGCCUCCUUGAUAGACCUGUGUCACAGUUACCGGUAUGGUGUGACAACGUGCUGGGACCCGACACAACGGUUCAAAAUUUUCAACGUGCAGAAGGGAUUGGGACCGAACGGAGCUUACACCACGGAGAGCUUCUCGACGCCCGAACACUGCGGCACUCAUCUGGACUCACCAUUUCACUUUAAUCCAGUCGGAUGGAAACUGGAAGACAUCCCGCUGGACCGAAUGGUGGUCGAAGGCGUACACGUGAACGUAAGUAAAGAAGUCAACGGAAACGGCGACUUUUUACUGACCGUCGGUCAUUUGAAAGCUUGGGAACGGGCCAACGGGCCGCUGCCCAAUCGUACAGUGAUACUGGUAAACUUCGGUUGGGCUCACAGAUACGGUGAUCGUCAGUCGUACUUCAACGGACUACGCCAACCAUAUAGGUUUCCCGGACUGUCCAAGGACGCUGCCGAGUGGAUCGUCGACUCCGGCAAAGUGUACGGCGUCGGGGUGGAUGGUCCGAGCGUGGACCCCGGAAGGUCGACGACUUACGACGUGCACGGGGUGCUAUCCAAAGCCAAUCUGUACAACCUAGAAAAUGUGGCACUGAACGGCACGAAGUUGCCGCCCAGAGGGUUCAAGCUGGUCAUCCAACCGGUCAAGGUCGUCGGCGGCACCGGCGGCCCGGUCAGGAUAUUGGCUUUCACGAAAGACCAGUUCAAAUUGUUGUGA